CACAAUCACCAGCGAGACACUUGGUUGCUGCCUGAAAAAAAGACAGGUCUUCUUUCUGAAAGCCGGUUUGCGUUAAAGAACUUCAGCUUUAAAGUGUUACUAAACCCAGGACCCUGCAUUCACUAUAUCUGGUCUCCCACAGUACGCAGAACAUAGAAAUGCAAUUAUUUUAGUAAACAAGCUGCUAAAUACCUUUUUAUCAUCAGCAGUUAGAGCAGUCUUGUGACUUCAGCAGAGCACUGCAGACACUGGUUAAAGCUUGUAGGAGGAGGCUUCAUUCUCCCCUGAUUGUCCUAUGAGGCUGCAGGACCCCU